CUAGCAAUUUGUGAAAGACAUUUUAGGAAGAAAAUUUUAUUAAGUUGUCAUGCAUAUUUCUGUAAAUAAUAUAUAUUUUCACACGCUUUUUGAGUAACGGGCUAAUGGGUUCUCUUCCAACGGGACACUUCACCUUGCAACAAUUGGCGAAUAUGGCGCUUGGAGGAGAGCAGUUGACCAGUGUCAAUACAAUGGUACUGCACAGCUUGUUGGAUCUUCUAUUGAAAAAGUUAAAUUGUGAAAACGAGAAAGUGUCAAUAAGCGGCUAUGAAGCCAAGCAAAUAGAGAAACUUUUGAACACGAGCUCUAUAUCGCCCAUUAUUUUCAAGGAGGAGAAUUUCGAUGUGAUUUUAGAGAAAUUUGACAAUAUAGACGAGUUGGAGAAGCAGCUAAAUGAGACCGAGGAAAAAUUGAGUGAGCAUUUGAUUGGCAUUCGUCGCUUUUUAAAAAGGUUCGAAACACUAGAACCAUGUCGGUUCGACGAUGACGAUUACUAUGAAUUAUGCGAGGAUCUGUGUAGUACAAUGGAUCCAGAUAUCAAAAUCGCUUGUGAGACAUUGGCCAGAUCGAAUUUUUUGAAGACUAUAUUGAUGCGCAUGUGCCAUCCGAUCUUGAAAGCUUACCAUGCUAUGGAAAAGAAAUUAUGUGUGCUUGAGGGUGAGGUAUGUGCACUAAUCAAACGGGUGGACGAAACAUUUGACAAUUCUCAUCUAAUCAACGUUGUACAAUUGGAGUUUGAAUGGUGUCGUGGCGAAUUGGACCGUGUGCAUAGCAGCUUUAUGAAAGCUCUAAAUGAAAUACAAGAUAUAAUCGAUGCAAAGGUCAACAAAUGUCAAAUGCUACAGCUAAAGGAGUACGUAACCGAACGCCUAGACGCUAUUUGGCUAAAACUGAACAAACUGGGCAUUGAAGGCCGUUGCCAGAGGGCUUCAGCUAUUGUAAUCGAAAAACAGAUGCCGGCUUCCGCGGUGACGCCAAAGAAAAUUUCGAAAACGCCAUGUUCGUGUGAUGGUGUCCACCUACAAUUAGCUAAAGAACAAAAGCUACUUGAGCGCAUGCGGCGUAUAGAUAAUAAAUUCAUUGAAACACUUCUCGAAACCCAAUGGCGAAAGUCUAAUGCAACACCACCGAUAAAAAAUACACAAAUUUCAUAAUCGGAAAUAUAGCUGUCAUCAUCUGUAUAUCUGUAAUAAGACGCUUAAAUUUUUUGCAUAUAUCUUUUAGGUUUCUACGACUCCCAAAGGAAGAAAAUAAGACCGUUUCAUAUUUUUU